CAGGUUAUUGCGUGUGUGAACGCGCAGCGCUGUGUGUGACAAGCUGCGGCUCGUGCUCCAGAAUCAAACUUCUCACUCGGACCGAGCGCGAGACCUUCAGGACGACCACUGGCGCCGCAGCAUCGGGACGUUCUCAUUGGCUGAAAUAACUGCCAGAGGUGGAGUCAGAGUGAGGGCUGUGUCGUGGGCGGGACGUCCUCCGAGCGAGGGGACGAGAUGCUGCCGACUUCCUGCUGCGCCCCCUUCACCUUGCUCUGCUGCCUCCUGAUGAUCCUGACAUCUCCCCCAGCCGCUCGUGGAGGCGCCCAAUCCGAGCCGUGCGCUGGGCGGGACUGUUCCACCUGCAGCUGCUUCCCAGCCAAAGGAGCAAGGGGUACUCCAGGUGGUCUGGGGGAACAGGGUCGUCCGGGGCCCCCAGGAUUCCCGGGUCCUCAGGGGCCUCCUGGAGAAAAGGGCCAGAGAGGAGAUGAGGGGCCGACAGGGGCUGCAGGCCUGAAAGGAGACGUGGGAAGUGUCGGUGUUCUUGGAUUUCCGGGUUUAGAGGGAGUCCCGGGUCACCCAGGCUCUGCUGGAGGUCCAGGUUUUCCGGGUCUGGAUGGAUGUAAUGGCACCAGAGGGCAGAGAGGCGAUCCUGGACUUCCAGGAGAACAAGGACCUGAUGGAGAACUGGGUUUUCCAGGACUGAAGGGAUUUCGAGGAGAUCCAACAGUUUACUUCAUCCAGUACCCUGGAGUACCUGGAGAGACUGGGACCACUGGACUUCCUGGACUUCAGGGUGAGCCGGGACUCCCUGGACCAAUCGGAGGUCUGGGUCCAGCAGGACUGGACGGGACCAACGGUCUCCCGGGACUGCCUGGAUCCAGGGGUCCACCUGGUGAAAAAGGUCGAAGUCUAACCGGACUGAAAGGAGACGAGGGGGAGCAGGGGCUCCAGGGGCCUCCAGGGCCGUUCGAGUACGUCGACCCUCCGGAAGACCUGUACAUCAAAGGAGAACAGGGUCCUAGGGGGUAUAAAGGAUUCUGUGGACCCGAUGGACUUCCGGGUCGGGACGCACCUCCAGGAAUCAAAGGAGAGAAGGGGAUUCUGGGAUUCCCUGGGUUAAGGGGAUUUUCUGGCAGCCCUGGUCUGGUUGGAGAAAAAGGAUUCAAGGGGAUCAUAGGAAGUCCAGGUCUCCCAGGUCUGAUUGGACGAGAAGGUCUUAAGGGCAUGAUGGGAGAUCCAGGACCUAAAGGGCUCCCUCAGGAGGCCGACAUCACUCACACAGGUGUGGAUGGGGACCCCGGGCCCUCUGGACCGAGGGGCCCUCCAGGAGACAUGGGGCUGAUGGGAAUGCAUGGACCCCCAGGAGCCCCUGGCAGAUUAAUACCUGGAACGACAGGUGCUGUGGGUCAGAGCGGAGUUCCAGGAUCCAAGGGAGACAGAGGAGAUCCUGGUCAAGUUUUUACCGAUGGACCCAUACCCGGAGAACCUGGAAAACCAGGACGGCCUGGACUCAAAGGACCGAGGGGAGAGCCAGGGAAUCCAGGUCGUUACUGUCUUCCAGGGGCUACAGGAGAAUCUGGAGAGCCGGGUCAACAGGGACCUCCAGGGUGUCAGGGCUUUCCAGGCCUCAAAGGCACUGAUGGGGACUGUUCCUGUGGCCCUCCUGUUAUACUGAGGGGCCCUCCUGGCUCUGUGGGUGACAUGGGGUAUGCUGGGUUCCCAGGAGUCCAGGGAGUCCCAGGGCAGAGAGGAGAGCAAGGUGAAGCUGGAGACGUUGGAGAGAGUGGACAACAGGGUCUGGGUGGAUUUCCAGGUGUCAAAGGGUUCAAAGGGCAGAAGGGAGAUUUCAUUGUGGUUGAUAUUAUUGGGGAAAAGGGAAACAGGGGCCAGCUGGGCCCUGAAGGAAGGCAAGGAUUCUCAGGGAGAAGAGGACUUGAUGGACUCCCCGGGGCCCCAGGACACCCCGGCCCCCAGGGUGAAAGUUUCUCUAACUCUCCUGGAGAAAGAGGCUUCCCAGGAUUUCUAGGGCCAAAGGGAUUAUCAGGACCCUCAGGUUCCCCUGGAGUAGGUGUAGUCGGUGCUAUAGGACAGCGGGGGGGCCUCGGGGACCCUGGACCUCCAGGAAUCCAGGGUCCACCAGGGCCAAAGGGGGCUACUGGGGAGACGCUACCCUGUGUACCCAGAAACCCUGGACCCCCUGGAGAGAAGGGAGACACUGGAAACUCAGGUUAUCCAGGAUUUCCGGGACCUACAGGCUUUCGUGGCAUCACGGGACCAGAUGGAAUUAAAGGAGACAAAGGACAAUCUGCACUUCCUGGACUACCUGGACGACAAGGACCUCCAGGAUUUGUUGGAGAUACCGGAGAAGAAGGACCUGAGGGGUUCAGUUAUGGUGGAGAUCCGGGCUCUCCAGGGUUCCAGGGCUUUCCUGGACUCAGGGGCCAAGCAGGGGAUGCUGAGGUUGGGCCUUCAGGACCAAGAGGCUUCCCAGGACCACUAGGCUCUCAGGGACCUAAGGGAGUCCCUGGCCCCCCAGGCAAUGACGGACUACAAGGAGCCCUGGGUAUGGCUGGGGUCCCUGGAGCAAAGGGCCAGAAAGGCCAGGAUGGCGCCCCAGGGAUAACCGGUCCCCCAGGCCCCAAAGCUAACUUCUGCGAGAUCGGAAAACCUGGUCCCCGGGGCCCCUUUGGCCCUCAUGGACCCAUUGGACCACCAGGUUUUCAGGGGGAGAAGGGGGAGAUUGGGGAGGUGGGUCCUCCAGCUUUUGGCCCUCAAGGUCCUGUUGGUAAUCCGGGCUCUCCAGGUUUCCCAGGGUUCCCAGGGCUGCAAGGCCCCACUGGCCCCAUUGGAGACUCUGGACUGCCAGGACCCAACGGCCAGAAAGGUCUGCUUGGCCUCAAAGGAAGGCACGGAGGGCAAGGGGCUCCAGGACAGACCGGGGCCCCUGGAGCUCCAGGGACGACUGGGGAAAGGGGGUUCAAUGGACGAGACGGCGCUCAAGGAUGUGAAGGGACAAAAGGAGAGAAAGGCUGUAUAGGGUCCCCAGGGUCUCCAGGGGAAACCAAGUACAUCCUCAUUAAAGGAGAGCGAGGAAAACCAGGAACCUCUGGCAUCAGUGGCUUCCCAGGACCACGAGGUAGUAAAGGUGUCCAAGGACCUACGGGUAAUCCAGGGUAUCCAGGAAUCAAUGGACCCCCAGGUAUCAUAGGACCCCCAGGAACACCAGGUCGCAACAGUACGCCAGGAUUACCAGGACCACCUGGACGUCAAGGACCUCCCGGACUCAUCGGCUUCCCAGGAGAGACAGGAGAUCCAGGUGACGUGGGAUGUCCGGGGAAAUCUGGAGAAACCGGUCACGAAGGAUGUACCGGACAGAAAGGUGACAAAGGAGACUCUGUUGGUUGUCCUGGUACACCAGGAGAGAGGGGACUUCCUGGAGACUUCGGGCCGUCUGGACCUCCUGGAGCUCGUGGAGAGCCUGGAGGACCCGGUUUCAUCGGGGAUCCAGGUUUGAAAGGUUGUAAAGGAGAUCUCGGCCACCGUGGAGACCCGGGUCAAUCAGGUGUGAUCGGUCCCUAUGGUCCCAGAGGUCAUCCAGGUGGUCCAGGUCUUCUGGGCAAUGCAGGUAGUGAUGGGCCCCCAGGACCACAGGGCUGCCCAGGACUUCAAGGGGCUCCUGGACCGCUGGGACUUCAUGGACUGGAUGGACUUAAAGGAGUGAAGGGGGACAUGGGGACCAGAGGUCUGGCUCUGCCAGGUCCUCCAGGUCUCAAAGGUCUUCCAGGGGAUAAGGGUCCUCAAGGUCUUCCAGGUCUGUCUGGUCCAUCCCAACCAGGACUACCAGGAACCAGAGGCCCCCCAGGACCCGAAGGACCACGAGGCAGUUAUGGAUCUCCAGGUAAACCUGGACCAAGCUGUAAAGAUUCAGUCCCAGGCCCUCGUGGAGAUUCUGGUUGUCCCGGACCAGAUGGAGAGGCAGGUUGUCCUGGGGACAUGGGGGAUCCUGGUCCAAAUCCUCCCCUAGCUGGGGAUGAGGGAGACAAUGGAGACACAGGGUACAGGGGACUAGUGGGACUAAAGGGAUAUCAAGGAGCCAAAGGAUUGCCAGGGAACGCUGGAGACUGUGGAGUGAAAGGUGUGAAAGGGUCACAAGGUCUGAUGGGACUUCCUGGUAAUCGGGGCCAAAGAGGUUGUCCUGCUUCUGGAGCACCUCCUGGACCUAAGGGUCUUGAUGGAUUGGUGGGUCCAAAAGGAGAAAAGGGAGGAGUCUCCCCCUUCUUCUACCACGCCCCUGCCCAACCGGGGCCCCCAGGUCCCCCUGGCCCCCCUGGUACACCUGGAGAGAUUGGCCUCGUUGGAGAAAUCGGCCUGAGAGGUUUCAAAGGUAUGACGGGGGAUCCCGGCACUGAGGGACCAAUUGGCUUUGUGGGGCCCCAAGGUCCAGAUGGAACCCGAGGAGAGGCCGGCCUGCAGGGGGAGAACGGAGAUGUUGGAGCCAAAGGUGAUUCUGGUCCAAUCGGUGCCCGCGGUCUUCGUGGACCAUCCAGAAACUUGAACUCAGGUUUCCUGUUGGUGAGGCACAGCCAAUCAGAUCAAAUUCCCAGCUGUCCAUUAAACAUGAGGGUCCUCUGGAGCGGAUACAGUCUGCUGUACCUGGAGGGUCAGGAGAAGGCUCACACUCAGGACCUGGGUCAGGCGGGGUCGUGUAUGCAAGUCUUUUCCACGAUGCCGUUCUCCACCUGUAACAUGGGAGCCUGCUCGUACGCAAGUCGCAAUGACAAAUCCUAUUGGCUGUCCACGAGGGCGGCCCUGCCCAGCAUCCCAGUGAGCGGGCCCUCCAUCGAGGAGCACAUCAGCCGCUGUGUGGUGUGUGAGGCCCCCUCCUCACCUGUCGCCCUGCACAGCCAGACCUCUGAGCAGCCAGACUGCCCCCCCCAGUGGACCAGUCUGUGGACAGGGUACUCGUUUCUCAUGCAUACAGGUGCUGGUGACGAAGGUGGCGGUCAGUCACUGACGUCAUCAGGGAGCUGUCUGUUGGACUUCAGGGCCCAGCCCUUCGUGGAGUGUCAGGGGCCCCGAGGAACCUGCCACUACUUUGCCAACAUCUACAGUUUCUGGUUGACCGUAGUGGACACGAGCAGCGUCACCUCCAACAGCUUCUCCACCACGCUGACCGACAGCUGGCAGCAGAGGAGCAACAUCGGGAAGUGCAACGUCUGCAUGAGGGAUUGAGGAGGAGGAACACCACCUCCUCCUGCUUGAGGGAGUGAGGGGCGAUGUUGGUUCACUGAGGAGCAGGAGGUGAAGCAUCCUUUCAACUCCCCCCUGCAGGAGGCAGCGAGGAACUUCUCAGCCGAGCAGAAGCACAAAAUGAGACUCGCUUGUUAGGUGUCUAUGAGGAGAGACGAUGCUGCCAAUCAACUCCUCGACCAAUCAGGUCCAGAUCUUCAGGAGGGACUGGUCUUCACUAAUGUGAUGUCAGGGUUCGUUACAGGUUAUCACAUCCUGUAGCAGCUGAUCAGUUGAUCGAUCUCUCGUCAUCCAAUUACGAUGACGAACUAGGGAAGUUUAGGACUAGCCUCUAGCCCCACCUGCUGGCCAACCAGGACCUGCCCCUGAAUAUGCUCUCUGAUUGGUCAGGCGAGAGGCAGUGACUGCGUGUCAUUGGUCGGUCAGUGUUGUGUUAAUAUUUAGAGAGAGAAUCGUGUGAGAAGAUGUGAAAAAUAUUCAACAUUAAAUCUUGAAACAAUGAGCAACGCUGACAUCACAGAACAGAACCACAACCAGAACUAAGAUCAUGAUUCAGAACUAUAACCAGAACUAGGAGCUGAAAAUAUAACUCCAUAUAUAUAAUAUCCUCCAUGUUCAUCUGUAUAGAUCUUCACUCUGUGGUUUUUAUUUGUGUUUUAAAUAAAGUCCACUUGAAUAUCAGUGUUCCAUUUAGGAAGAAUUAAUGUUUCAAUAUUUUUAAAGUUAUAACAAAAAACUCAAAAAUGUUUUUUAAUCCUCGUCUCUGUCCCAAUCAUUUGUAAAUAUGUUUGAACUCAGCCGUUUUUUAUUUUGACUGUAAAUGUCCUCAGAGUUAUUUAUUUAGCCUGAAAUUAAUGUUGGUGCUAUUCGAUGCUUUAUUUGCUUGUUUUUAUUUUAUUUUUGAAAACAAAAAACACAGUGAGGCCCGACCUCUCCCCAUCCCCGACAAAAUAAAACGUAAAAAAAAAAAAAUUCAACACAUAUCCCUCCGACUGAAGUUAGAAUUUUAUUUCCGUUUCUGUUUGUGUGUUUUUUGUUUAUUGUAACAGUGAAAACUGUCAUGUCAUAAACAGCUGGUUUCUUCCAUCGAACUUUAAUAAAAGAGGGUUUUUAUAUUUUUUUCAAUGUUUAAAGAUAAAGUUUUAAUCAAACUACGUUUCCCUUGAUGCUUUUGCAGGAGACCUGUGUUUUUUAGUUAUGUUAAAAUGUCGAGUUCACUUCAGCCAUAAAUCCUUUUUAAUCUCAAAUGGGCGGGGCUUGUUUAUUACUCGAGGAAGGUCUGGAUGUGGUGGGGCUGAGGGGGCGGGGUCUCUGUGUGUGUUUGUAUUGUAUUUAAAUAUGUGAUCUUUUUAAUCUGUAGGAGGAAACUUCUCACUAACACUUGUGAAACAUUUUACUCUGUGAGCGGACGACUUCAAUAAAGUGCAUCAAACUUUCA